GCUGGAUCCUGCUGCGUUGGGCGUUUCUCGCCGGAAGGGUUGUUCCCAUCUCUGGAGCUUUCCCGUUUCAGAUUGAGUUCUCUGCAGCUGCCUGAUUUUGAUCUUUGCGAGGAAUUCUUUUUGGAAGAGUGUUUUAAUGGCUUUUCGUGGUGUGGCUGCAGAUUGCGUUGCUGGGAUAUAAGCUGUUUCAGAGAUCCAGGACAUACUAAGGGAUUAUCUGCUUAAGGAAAAGCAAGACACCAAGCAGGACAUUGGUACCUUUGUCCUUGUUGGAAGUCUUACUCAGCCAUCCCUGCAGCAUGUUGGUGAAAACACCUUGAGCCUUAGCAACUAGAAACUUAAUUGAAAAAGUGAAACCAACAGUUUUCAAGUGUCAACAGAUUUUGGCAUCUCUGAGGAUCUUGGAAGCAAACCCCAGUGGAUACCAAGGCCCCACUGCAAAUCUUACCAAGAAAAUCCUAGGAGAGGAUCACCACAAGUCAUCUUGAAGGCAGAUAACAAUAGCAAACAAAGGAAGUCAAGCUUUUAAGCCCAGAGAGGUGCUGAGCCAUGGCUGACUUGGACCACAACCUCAGUCUCGCAGAUGCCCUGACUGAGCCACCACCGCAGAUUGAGGAGGAAGUGAAACGGGAUUUUAUUGCCACCCUGGAGGCGGAGAAGUUUGAUGAUGUGAUCGGAGAAAAAGUUGACAAAACGGACUAUGUCCCUCUUUUAGAUGACGACGACCCCAAGGCUGGGAACCAGGAAGCGAAAACCAAACCCCACGCUGACAACGUUCAGGUGGAGCGCAAGUCAGCUACUGGACCAGCAGCUGUGGUGGAGAAUGGUGACCAUGGAGUAGAAGGCCCCAGGAAAGUGUCCACCGGAAAGAUCAUGGAUGAACAAAUGUCCUACAAGGAGUUCCUGGACCGCAACAGUUCAUGGACGAUGGAUGACAGACACCACUUUGAGUCACAGCCAGUCUUUAAGCCCAUGGAUAUUACAGAGCCUUUCAAGAUGAACCGUGAAGAUGUCCUGUCCGACCUGCUGCUGCUUCCUCAGGAAAUGAUGAGCGUGCCACCUUUCGGGGAGUAUUUUGGAGCUUCCGAAGAAGGCCCUGCACCUUUCGGAGCUGCAGGAGUCCCUGAGCAGCCCCACUCUCUGGGAGCCCCACAUUCUCCUGCAAACAUUUUUGACCCACUGGCCUUCCUGGGUGGAGCUUCGGGGGCAGGGAUGCUGCUGAACCAGAGCCAAGCAGCACCUGGACAAGGAAUGGGGUCUCCUGAAGAUUUCUGGUUGGGAUCUCAACACUUAAUGGCAGGACAAGGAGCACCUUUCUUUGAGCCGCCAGUUCCCAGCAAGAUCCCUGAAGUGGCAGAGAUGCAUAUGUUGGGAAGCCCCUCCACAGGACUAGUGGACUUCACAGGGCAGCCAAAACUACCUGAGGUGAAGCCAUCUCCGCCGGCAGCAUUUCCUUCUCCAGUUGGUGCUGGUCCUGAUCCUGCCGUGGAAGAGUUGAUGGGCUUUGAACCCUCGUUUGACUGUAAAUCUCUUCUGCCUAAACAGUCUCCAACAGGUUUUCCAGAAGCUGCUGCAACUAAGGAACCCAAAGUAAAGACCAUGGACACAACAUCCCCAGGUGCAGGCAGUUCUUCUGCAUUGGGAAACCCAGGGGAGAGCAAGCCUUUGCCUGGCCAGCACAAGGAAAAGGAAGAAAGCAGCCAGUCUCCCAGCAAAGAGGAAGCAAGCAAAACUUCCUCCAGUAAAAAGGUGGAAGAGGUUAAGUCUCCCCUCAGUCUGCAAGCAGAGGAAAAGGCAGCUGCAACCCAGCCUCUUGGCCCAAAAGCAGAAGACGGUAAGCCCUCUCUCACCUUGUCUACAGAGAAAAAGGAAAGCAAACUGCCUAGCCCCUCAGCAGAAGAACCAAAACCUGCUGCUGCUGCUCAGCACAUAGAAAAUGCCAGUGAGACCAAGGACUCUCCCACCCAGUUAGUGCAGGAGGUGGCAGAUAAACCUUCUACCCAUAAAACUGAAGAAGUGAAGGUUUUUCCUCCCAAACAGGCAGAGAAAGUGGAAGAGAACAAGGCUCCGUCUGCCCCCAAACAUCCAGAGAAACCAGAAGACAGCAAGUCUCCUUCUGCCCCCAAACAUCCAGAGAAACCAGAAGAGACCAAAUCUCCUGUUCCCAAACAUCCAGAGAAACCAGAAGAGAGCAAGUCUCCUUCUGCCUCCAAAUACCCAGAGAAACCAGAGGAAAGCAAAUCACCUUCUAACCCCAAACAUCCAGAGAAAUCAGAAGAGAGCAAGUCUCCUUCUGCCCCCAAACAUCCAGAGAAACCGGAGGAGAGCAAAUCUCCUUCUGCCCCCAAACACCCAGAGAAACCAGAGGAGAGCAAGUCUCCUUCUGCCUCCAAACAUUCAGAGAAACCAGAGGAGAGCAAAUCACCUUCUAACCCCAAACAUCCAGAGAAACCAGAAGAGAGCAAGGCAUCUCCUAGAGAAGAGGUUAAGACACCUACCUCCCUCAGCCAAUCUGUAGAACAGUUUCCUAGGCUGGAUAAACCUGAUGAGACAAAUAAGAAGGCUCCCAGUGCAUCUGCUGAGAAGCCAGAGGAGGAGAAGCAGCCACUGCCAGCUAAACCUGUGGAACAUCUCCUAGAGCCUGCAGUACCAUCAAAAGAAACUGUGUCCCCAGGAGUGUCCCCAGCAGAUGCUAAAGAAACUCUGGCUGAAAAGCCAGCCUCUGUUCUUGCUGAAGCAGCCAAGCCCAAGGAAACGCCUGAGCCUUGCCCAGUGCAGCCUGCGGAGUUGAUUCAAGGAAAAGGAACCCUGGAACCUGCAGGUCUCCCUCCUGCCCAAAUAAGACAAGCUAACAAAUCCAGUGACCACCACAGGUUCAGCAGAACAAAACCUGCCCGAGUGACUGCAUCAGAUGCCCCUGAAGAACUUCUUGUAGGUUUCCCAGCUCAGAAGAGUCAAGACCGAGGAGGAGAAGAUCCCUUUUCCAUGGCAGAGUAUGGCUAUAUUGCUGGGACAUCCCCUCGCAGCAAAGCUUCUACAAGGAAGGCAGCUAGCCAGCCAUUUGAGUUUGGAGAGGUCCCCGUUUUGAGGGAGGGCUGGGACUUGGAAACUUCGGCAGCAUUGAAGAAGAAGAAAAAGAAGCCAAAACAAAAGAGGAGCCAGCAGGUGAGGGUGGCAGAGAUCAUGGACAGCAACUCUGAAAGGCUGCAAGCUCCAUGUGCACCUGAACCCCACAAAGCUGAGCUCCCUCUGCCUGAGCCCCAUGAGAGCAUGAAGGGAUUCUUCAGCGCUUCCACAGAAAUUCUUGGGAAGGAGGCAUCUUCAGUGCUCAGAGAUGUUCAGAGCCUCACCUCUGUUCCUGCAAAAGGAAAACCUACCCUGCAGAUGGAAGGCCCCUCUCAACUAGGGCUGGAUGCAAAAGCAGGAGACUUCGGCGGAGUGGAAGUGAUGAGUGAUGACAGCUUAAUGUUGCUGUUGAAAAGCAAAUGGGGGGAAUCUUCUGAAGAGGAGCGGAAACACCAAGCACAGCAGAAUAAGCAAAGAAGCCCUACCUCUCCACCAGUGCAGGCCAGCUCUGUGGAAGUGAAAAGCAUGGAGUCAGGGAGACCGCCUCUCAAGGACCUCUGCUCUGAUUUGAAACCCAGAGCCAUGGUAAGCAGAGAAGUUGAGGUCAGGUCUGCAAUGCCUCCGGUUACAAGUCAGAAGGUGGCCCCAGCUCUUUGUGGGGAAGGCUUGGCCAUGAAGCCGAAGAAAGAGGAAAAGAAUGAAGGGAUUGGCAAAGAAGUUGCCAAAUCCCUUGCUGAAGCCCAGACCAUUGAGACAACCAAAGGAGGAGGUUCCUCUGAUAAAGGCAAGGACAGACGCCUUGUUGCUUCAGAGCCUCUGCCAGAGUCAGGCCCCACUGAGGUGCUUUUGUCAGCAAAUGCAAGUGAAAAGCUUGAGUUAGGUCCAGCAGAAACUCUCCCUUCCUUGGAAACUCAGUCCAGCCCAGCAAAACCCCUUCUUCCUGCACAGCCCAUUGACAGCCCGAAAGCACCUUUCACUGAUAUGAACAAGGGAGCCUGCUCCUGUCCUUUGGACCAACCACCUGGGCCUUUGCCCAAGCUAGGGAAUGACCAGCCCAAAAAGAGGGGCAAUGAUGGGAAAAGCAAGAGAACUAAAAAUCAUCAGCCGCUCCUUUUGGAGGGCAAGGCCGAUUCCAGAAAGGCACCAAGUGCUGAAGAAUCUGAAUGGGCAGCCAGAAGCAUAGAGGCAGGCUUCUCCAAUGUGGUGGAAAAUAAAACAGUUCUUGGCUCUGGAGGGCUGGCAGAGAAACCCAAGAAAAGAAGUAGUGAAGGGAAAAGCAGGAGAGCCCAAUUUUUCCUGGAAGCAGGGAAUAGCUCAGGGCACCUUCAAACUGAAGGGGGCAGUCCUGAACAUGCUAGAGAGAGAACAGACCACAGGAGAGCAGGGACUGACCCCUUCACUGCCAGCCAGUCUUUGGAAACCUCUGGAGAUAUGGCAAAGCUGCAAAACAUUGCAACAGCGCCUGGGAUGGAAAAGGUGUCGAAGGCUUCCACUAGAUCUAUUGACAGGGUUGACUUCCCUCUCUCAGCAUACCCCUUUAUUUUGGAAGCACCAGUUAAAGAAGCUGACCAUCCUGCACUUCUUGAGGCGGUUGCCCAGGCAAAGGGAACUGUUGCAUUGGACACAGGCAAGGGGCUUCAUGCUUUAGAGAGUCCCACCAUCCCAGACCCUACAUCACUGUUGCCAGAAAGCAAACCCAAAAAGAGGAGCAGUGAUGGGAAAAGCAAGAAGUCUGAGAAAAGCCCCCCAGAACAGCCAUUCCUCCUGGAGACGUCUGGUAUGAGCAAGCCCACCAAGAGUUCUGAGAUAACUAAAGACAUCAGUUCUGCUGCUAAAGACCAAGUAUCUGGGGGUGCCCCAUUUCUGGAACAAUUAGGAAGCAGUCAUGCACAGCUUCCUGCUGCAAAACAGACAGAAAAAGAUGGAGGAAAGAAGACUGAGGACUUGAGCAUAGCUACAGACAGCAGUCCUUCUGAGCAGCUGCCCGCCUCCAAUCGGGAAAGGCUCAAUUCGGAGUCAGAGUUGAUGUCUAAAACCAAAGCGGCACCUUUCACUGAUAAAGGGCAGGAAGGCAAGCAAAAGUAUGAUGUGGAGAAUGUAAUAGACCCCCUGACAUUGCACCCUGAGUUAGUGGCAGAAGAGCCAAAGAAGCUGAACAGUGAAGGGCAAGGUCCCCAAGUUCAUAGCAUUUUGGAGGCAAAGCCAGAGCUGGUUAGGCCGGCUACUGUGUAUCAUGAGAUGGCUACAACUGAGGAAGGCAAGACCAAAGGAUUAGAUCAUCGCUUAAAGGAGGCAAACACUGCUGGUCCAGCCCCUGUUGUGUCUUUUGGUGAACUGCCUGUAGUGGCAAAAAAGGAGGAAAGCAGAAAAGAUGAGCCUUGUUUGGAAAAAUAUUUUGUUUUAGGAGCCAAGGAGGAAGCAGGUAUAGUUUUGGAAGCUGAGAGGGAGGCCAAAUUGAAAGAAUGCUCUUCACCUAGAAGCAAAAAGGAAGGAAGAGCAGGUGGUUCAGAAGUUGCAAAUAAGCAGGAUCCCACCUCAAGACCCACGAAACGGGACAGUGACCGGAAAAACAAAAAGGCUGUAAGCAGCCCCAUGCAGUCCAUUGCUCUUCAAGCAAAGGCAGAACCAAGCAAAGGGCCUGGACUGGCAUAUCCUGUGGGAGAAACAGAGUUUGUGGAUGAAAACAGAAAUAUCAAGAGCCUUCCCCCAGGGCAUCAGGUGCAUUGGGAGGAGGAUGCAGCACGCUUUUUUGAACCCUUUGCUCCAUCUGUCAGUCCUGAGGAAGCAGUUCAAGGAUUGGGGUGCCCCUUCCUAGAAGGCAGGUUGGUUGGUGAGCUAAGCAAGGAGCAACCGUUUCCUCCUGAAAUACCUAAGGAUGCCAACAAAGGUGACCAGAAGGAUCAGCAGGAGCUGCAAGUAAAUUUGACAAAUCUUGAAGGUACAGAGGCUAUGGUAGAGGCUUCCCUUUUGAUAAAAGCGGGUGAUGAAACCAGGGAGAAGAGGAAGAGAAGUAAACGACCUCCAUCCGAUCAACUUCUCACACCAGAUGCCGGAUCAGGAAAAGAUCCAGCUAUCUGCUCUGUUUCCGCAGAAGGUGGAGGAAUGAAACUCCUGAGUGCAACACAAGAGUCCGGAUUUAGUUUGACGAAACCGCCAGUGGAAAGGGUACCAAAGAUGGAUGCUGGAACAGAAGGAGGCAGCUUUGUUGGAAGAGGAACCAACAUCCCUUCUGUGGAGUUGCCAUCCCUUUGGGAGAACAAGAAAGAAGCUGCCACCCUUGAGGCCCUGACGGCUGCACUGGUAGGUGGUAGUGCUGAGGUGGUGACUUUAGUAGAAAGCAACAAAGGAGCAGCUGAAGAGAGGGCCUCUGGAUGUCUGGAUGGUUUAGGAAGUAAGCCACGGGCAGAUAAGACACUGGAGGAUGUCCCCAUGGAGGAAGCAGCUUCUGCUGAUAAACCCAGAGACCUUUCUGAGCAUCUGCAGCCUGACGAUGCGAACAAGCCAAAGAUCACUGCACCAGCCCAGGCAACCAGCAAGGAGGAAGCCAGUCACCCGAAGGAGGCGCUUGAGCUGAAGGAGGCACAAAGUCCUAAGCCUGAGGCUGGAGAGAGUACAACCUUGCUUCAGGGUGACCAAGUAGCGAAAGGGGGCAAGAAAGAGGCAAAAGCCAAAGCCCCUCCGCAAAUGAAAGGCUACAUGAGACCCACCAAGUCACGGGGGCUUCCUCCUCCUUCGCUGAGAGUCACUGCGCAAGAGCCGGGCAGGAGAAGGCCGACCAAACCAGACAGCCCCUCCCUGCAAAGGCAAGAGAAAGCAAAACCAGAAGAGGUGAAGCCGGCCACCGAGGUUUCCACAGCAAACGACAUUGCUGCUCCGCCCAGCAAGGAGCUUCCGCCAAGCCCAGACAAGAAAGCCAAGACUCCAGCCUCCACUCCAGCAGCAAAGCCUGCUGCAGCAAAAGCCAAGCCUGUGAGCACCACUGCUGGCACUGCCCCCACCGCCACCAAGCGGCCGGCUUCUGCCACACCAGGCCAAAGCAAAAAAGCCACCAGUCCCACUGCUGGUCCGGCUGCGGCCACUACCACCACCCCUAAACGCCCGACGACCGGCUCGGCACGGCCCUCCACCUUAACUCCUAAAGACGCUAAACCAAAGGGGACAGAGGUCAAAAGCCCAGAGAAGAGAACUUCUCCUUCGAAGCCACCGUCUGCUACGACCCCUCGACCGAACGCUAAGAGCAGCCCAGCCGGCCCCAGGCCAUCGACAGCGCUGUCAAGUCAGAGUGCGUCGAGCCCCCGGAGCACGGCCACUUCCCCACCCAAGAGACCCUCCACCAUCAAGACAGACACAAAGCCUACCGAUGCCAAGAAAACCACCACAAAAUCACCGUCAGCUGACCUAAGCCGCCCGAAAAGCGCCCCGGCCUCCACCUCUCCUUCCCCUGCUCCUGGUGGAGCCGCUACGGCCACCUCUGCUGCUACUGGCCGGCCCAAGGCCAAGCCAGCUGUGCCCAAGGCCUCUGGGAUGGCAAAUGUGACCACUGAUGCCAAGAAGGCCUCCACACUCAAAACCGCACCCAAAACCAGCUCUGCUCCCAAACCCCCACGGCCAACCACCAGCGUCUCUGCCCCUGACCUGAAGAACGUGCGUUCAAAGAUUGGGUCCACAGAUAACAUCAAGCACCAACCUGGUGGAGGAAGGGCCAAAGUAGAGAAAAAGGCAGAUUCAGCCGGGGCUGCCCGAAAGCCUGAACUCAAUGCAGUAUCUAAAAUGGCUCCCACUAAAACAGCUGUUUCAAAAGAGGGUGCCCAAAAGCAGCCCAAUGGGAAAGUCCAGAUAGUCUCCAAAAAAGCCAACUACAGCCACGUCCAAUCCAAGUGUGGGUCUAAGGACAAUAUUAAGCAUGUCCCUGGAGGUGGGAAUGUUCCAAAUGCCCCCAAGCCAGCCACGGGCAGCCACUCCCAGCCGUCCACCGCCCCCAAGCCCAGCCAGGGCAGUACCAAUGUACAGAUCCUAAGCAAGAAAAUUGAUCUUUCUAAAGUGUCCUCAAAGUGUGGCUCAAAGGCAAAUAUCAAGCAUAAGCCAGGGGGUGGAGAUGUAAAGAUUGAAAACCAGAAGUUGAACUUUAAGGAGAAGGCCCAGGCAAAGGUGGGCUCCCUGGACAACGUGGGCCACGUCCCAGCCGGGGGCACAGUGAAGAUUGAGUCCCACAAGCUGAAGUUCCGUGAGAAGGGCAAGGCCCGCACGGACCACGGAGUGGACAGCACCGUAGUCUCCAACAACAACCCCCCCGUCUUUUCCGGUGGCACCUCCCCUCGGCGUAGCACCUCUGUCAGCGAGAGCCUGGGUUCUGCCGCCUCCUCGUCUUUGCCACCUCCGCCGCCGCCACUGCUACUGCCACCGUGGCAGGCUCCCCUCUCGGAAGACGAGACCUCCGCCACUCUGUCUCAGCAAGGCUUGUGACUGUCCCUUUGCUCCCCACUCAUCUCCUGCCCUACACGCAAAGCUUGUCUCCCGUAGACUGGAGCCCAGCUUUGGCCCCUAAAAAGGGGGCCGAGUGACCUUCCUCCUGCCCCCCCAGCCCCCCCUCGGUCUUCACAGCCUGCAGCUGGAGCUCUAAGAUGGUGCUGAUGGAGAGCAGACCAGCUGACAUGGGUAUCUCCUCUCUGGUUGGGCACACAAAUGGCCUCCACAGCCCACAUUUAUCCUCGCUUUUUCUUUAUAUUGGUGGGCAGCGGGAGAUUGAGGUAUGAAAUUUGAAUGUUCCAGCCCACCCCCCACCCACCCCGGCCACAGAGAAGGUUUUUUCUUGUCUAGCUGUAUGAGGAGGUCUGUUUUGCUGUGCCCAUGGUGGAGCCUGGUGGCAGUAGCGGGGGGGUCAGCUUUGGCAUCUUCUUCCCUGCUCACCCCCUCAAUCCUGUUGAAUUUCUGCUGCAGCAUUUCCUGCUGCCUCCUCUUUAAUGCUGGUCUGUAUUAUUCUGACACAUAACUUCAUGCUCUUUUGGAACUCUUUUAACUCCUUUAACCUCCUCUCCAUUUUUAUUUCCCUUCUCCUUUCAUCGUGAUUUUAAAAAACAAUGUAUUGCUGAUUGCUGUCACUACAUCGCAGGCUCACGCUUCCCUCCCACACCCCUUGCUGCCCCCCGUUUCCCCCCUUUGCCAUAGGAGAAUUAAAAGAACCAUUAACCGCUGCUGCUGGCAUCUUAUCAACAUAUCCAGCCAUUUUAACUGUGUUCUUUUUAAUUUUAUUCUUCCUCCUUUUUUGUGUGUGGUGGUUAUUUUUGUGCGUGUGUUAAAAAAUUUCUUUUGAAAUGAUGGAGCAAAAGUACAUUAAGCCAUGUCAAUUUUAAGAAUAUCUACGGUUGUGUAUUGGGGAGGGAAUGGGUUUUUUGGGAAGGGUCAUCUCUAGCUGCAGCCAGGCAGAGUCUUUUGUUUGCCAAAGGAGCUCUGAGGCUUGUGGUUUUUGGAAAGAAGGCUCUGUUGCAGGCAUCCUAUAGGAUUUCCCAUGGAGCGCUCAUUCCUCUUCCCCCCCAAACCCACCCCAGGCUCUUGUCAUUUGCUCCUGUAGAGUCAGCUGUGGGGUGGCUGAGGAGGCAUGGAGGCAUUUAUUUUAAUCCAUGUAUCUGUGGGUUUGGCUCGAGCAUGUGAAUUUUGUAAGAGAAGUAGAACUGGGAUGUGGUGUUUUAAGAAGUAAGCUUAUUCAUGGCAGAGAAGCAAUCUAGUUUGUGGGAGCGGGGAGCAUAAGGUUGCAACUUAGCAGCUGCGUCCCCCAAACCCAGAGAGACCAGGAGGGUAAUUGGAAAGUGUGUGAAGGUGUGAAGAGGCAGCGUCUGGAUGGAGUUGGCUAGCUGGCCUAAAUGUCUCAAGGAGGGGGGAGUGCUUUUCCUUGGAGGGUGAAACACACACACAGACACCCCUUGCCCUUCGCUUCUUUUCCUUCUUAAGGGAGGGGGCUGGGAGAGUUUGAGCUCCUUUGUUUCACAUUGCAAAAAUAAAGAUUAAAAAAAAUGACACUAAGAUGGAAAUGUAAAUAAAACUUUUAAAAUCAUGCAUUGUGAGAGUUGUGAGGAAUUCUCAUUUAAAACCUGGGAACCCAAACUGCAGGGCACAGAGGGCAGGGCAGAGCGAGAGCCCCGCAGCCGAGCAAAAUCCAGGGGUGUCCAUUCACACACAAAGACAUAUUGCACUUGUGGUUGGUUUUUUUAUUUUAUUUUAUUUUAUAUAUUAUAAAUAUAUAUAUUAAAGGUUGCAUGAUUUCUAAUAAAAUGGCUUUUUAAACUGUAAGAAGUUUUUUUUUUUGCAUCAAAAUGGUCUUCUGAAUCUCAUGAGCACAUCUUCGCCACCUUUGCCACCUUAGAACAGUAUAAAGCUGUAAGGAGGCCAUUGCGCAUUUCGCACCUGCAAAGGGAAAGCGAUAUAUAGAUAGAUAUCUAUAUGUUCCCCUCGCCCGCUUUCCCUGCAUCUCCAUUUGAGCCUGCUCCCACAUCUUCUUGGUGUUGUGAACACUGAUCAUCAGCCUGGCUUGAGAGCUACAGAGGCUGCCCAAUCUCCCUCUGUCUCUUCCCUUGACUCUUCCGUCCUCCAAACCUCAGUUCCAUCUUGUUCCACCAUGUGCCAUGCAGCUUUUGGUGUCUCCAGCAACCAUCAUGUCCUGUUUCUCCUCUUCCUCCUGUCAUGACACUUUUUCUUAUUCUCAGGAGGCCAUUUGGUGGCAUGUCCCAACUUGUGAUGAGUGGAUUUGGGGACAGAGGGUUCACCAUCGUGGAUUAAGACAAAUGUUUGGCCAGCAAGGCAUUCUUCAUUCUUCUGCGUGAUCCUUGCAGGGAUGCACCAAAGUCACGCACCAGCACUUACGCUUUUGCGUGCAGAUUCCAGGGAAUCUCCCUAUUGGCUUAUGGCUGUUGUUAGAUGGCACCGGGGUCAGUGUCCUCCUGUGCUUGUGGCCUGGAGAGAAACCUGUGAGCAACAACACUGCCAUCUUCAGCUUGGAAAGGUCCAUGUUGGCCAGCACUGAUGAAGCCCAGCCUCCUACGAAGGGAAACUCCGUCUCCUAAGGCCAGACCCCCCAUCUGCACCCCUCCUCUUGCAUGGUCCCACCUCUUUGAUGUCUUAUCAUUGCCCCAUGACAGGAUCCUUCCUAGACUCUUGCCAAAUUUUAAAAGGCCAGCUUAGAUCUUCUGCUCCGCUGACUUCACCCGCUGAGACCAAGGAUGGGGUGGGGGAGAAAUCUUUGUUCAGGUGUCCCCUUUUAAAUGGGGUGCAGGGGGGAGGGGAGACAUGUCCCUCCCUGAAAGCAAUAAUGCAAGAAGGCCAAAGGCCUCUUGAAAAUUUAGGGCAUGAACAAAACCUGGAUUCCAGGUGGAUCAGAUGCAACUGAGUCAAAAGAGGUUGGAGACCCUUGGCUUCUUUUACCAGGAAGGUGAAUUGGAAGCAGGGAGAGCUUGGAGCUCAGAUAAUUGGCACAAAGUCCCACUCUCUGGGCACACUUCUGAUGCCCUUGUUUCCCUCUGUCCCUAAGUUGGGAAAGAGAACCUGGAGAGAAUUGGACUCUCCUUUGCUGGAAGUUUCUGUUCUCGCCAUUGCGGGCUGCAGACUGAUGGCUUUGUUAGAGUCUCUCAGUGGAAAGUCAAAUAAUGUUUGCACUUUAUCUUCUGUGAUAGCAAACUAACAAAAAGGCUGAAGCGUCUUGGGGAAAGAGUUGUUGAUUCCUUCUCCUUUGCUCCUCAACCAAAUUAUCAUGGGGCUGUUUUCUGCUGCUGCCGCUGACGAGCCAUCCAUUUCUGGAAAUGGCGCUGGUGUUUUUCCUUCUCUUUGCACCCAGUUUGGACUGGAGGAUCUGCCGUGCGUGCGCACUCCCUUCUGUGCCAUGCACUCACCGACGCGUGUCGUGCCUGUGUUUUAGCUGUAGAGCUCCUGAGUAACUUGUUGGUGAAAGGGGGUUUGUAGCCCCCCACCUUCAUGGUUUCUGAUGAGGAUUUUUUAAUAGUGCAAUUUUAGAUUUCAAAGUGGCUUGUAAGUACUGCAAUUCUGGGAAAGGGUUCAGAGCCCAGGGCUUGCCUCCUCCUCCUCCUUUGUGAGGAAGGAUGACGGCAGAGGGUUUGUGUGUCUGUGUUUUGCUGCUAUUUUUUUAGGUACGAUAGAACAUCCCCCACCCCACACCCCAAAAAUAGCCACAAAGGGUCCCAAGGCAGUGUUUGAAAACCUGGUUUGGACCUUAACUAUAGACCUGUAGAGCUUAAUGUCAUAGAGGCUUGUAAAUAUGAUAAUUUUGGGUGGCAAGUUUGGGAUCGGGAGACAGGUCUUAACUCUGUGGCCAUGGUCUACUGCAAAGUUCUCCAGCAAGAAUCUCUAUGACCAUAUGCAGUUGUUGUGCAGGAGCAUAGAAACUGACUAAAACAUUUGCCCAUUCGUUUAAGGAAAGGUCCUGGUAGGAUUCUGCUCCUUCCCAUAAAUAAUUAUGUACAUAUUGUACAUAGAGAGAUGGAUUUUCCCCCUCCAAGAAGGUUCCCCUGGAAUACCAUUCUUGAGGAGAAUCACAAACAGCAAUUCAGCGUGGCCUAACAAGCCUUCCUUGUGGGUCUUGUGUUGUCCAACUUACAGGUUAGCUGUGCUGUGCACAAGAUGGAGAACUGAUGUGUUCCACUAUGGCAAAUAUAGGCAUAACUGGGCCUGGCAGAGGCAGCAAUAGUGUUUCCAUCACAAGUGAAGGGAUCUGGAGAUGACUUGCUUUACGUAAAGUGUAGACUGGUGUUCUGUCUGUGGAUCAGUGUUCUCUAGAACAUGGAUAGGAGAAAAGGUCUUUGGUGCUGGGCAUUGAAAUCAGGCAACCCAGCUUCAAUGGUGGUGGUGUUCAUGGACCAUGGAAAGAUUGAUGGUGGUAGGUCUGAGAAUGGAGGAGGAUUGGGGUGAGACUCUCCAGCAGAGAGAGGGGUGAUGGUUGCCUUGUAGGAUCCUUUUAGCUAUGACUUAGUCUGCUCACUGGAAACCCCCCAGGGAUUCCUCAGCAACAAAAUGAUAGCAGGAUGCUGGCUUUCCAAAAACAAAACAAAACCCACAUUUCCCAGCAUGCCCCAGAUCAUGGCCCGUGUGGUCUCUUCCAGCUCUAUGAUUCUAUGUUGAUCAUGUUCCAGAUCCUUCAAGGCAGCCGUUUUGCUUGGGCAGCAAGUUGAGUUCCCCUCCAUUCCCAGGAGCCCAGAGGACAUUGGAAAUGGUUAGCUGUGGGGAGAAACAUCUGUGCACCCGGGGAACGCCUUUUCUGAUGUCUUCGUCAUAAGACCUCGUAAGUUUGAGAUUUGCUGAGUGAGGAAAGGCCCGAUGGUACGGUCGUACGCAAGGGAUGGUUGUCUUUUAGAUGGCACUUCAGGGGUCAGCUAUCUUGUGUGGCAUGUUUGCUGACUGUACUCUUGGGAGCAAACAUGGGGAUGGAGGCCAAGGGGCUUGGAUGCCCAGGCAUCACAUAUCAGUGGUACGCACAAUAAGAAGGGCUUAUCUCCUGCAGAGAAGCAGAUAAAAGGUCCCUUGGGUCAGAAGCUAUGUGGACCUCUGGUUGUUACGCUCACACUUGCCAAGGAGCCUGGGCUACCUUCUGGAUUCUCCUCCCCAGGAUAAAAAUCCUUGGUUUUCCUGAUGGAUGGAUGCAAGCAAAAGAGAGGUGUAUGGCUUUUUUUUUCUUUAAUUGCAGCAUACUUUUCACUUGCAGGGUGGGCUCAGCUCUGCAAGUUUUGUUAGGUAGCUUGACCAGCUGUGUCUUACCCCUUCCCCAUUUCUCAAACCAGCCUCUUUAUUUUCAUUCUAAAGGCAGCAUGGGCACAUUCAUUUCAACCUUUGCGUGACCCUGCAAGAAAUAAAUUAAAUCUCCAAGCAUUUUUUUGUCCAAGCUGAGAAACCACUUGAGGUGGACGGAUGGACACUGUCAGUGCUGUUGUGGCGCUCGGCCAUCUAUAACCCUCAGGGGCCACCGCUUCGUCCCUUAAACAGAAUUCGUUUUUAAAAGACUCACCAAACUGAUUUUUUUUCUCAACUCUUCCCCAGAAGAAGGGAGAAACUGCACAUCCGCAAAGCAUUGUGGCCGCUGCUAUCAAAUUAUCUCCUUCAUACUUAAGAUUUUGAGUAUGGUUUUCUUAGCUUGACUUCAGGUUGUGUCAUGGCAUUACUAAGUCCCUCUCAAAUAGCACCUUGGAUUUGUCUGGAUAAAGUGGACAGUUCCCAAAUGUUGUCAUGAUUGGGGAAGCCAUGCCUUCUUUUCUUCCUUUGGGGCUGGCUUGAUGGGUUAAACUACCCAAACAAUCCUCUCGGUGCGCCAGCAACUUCCAAGAGACCCCAAGGAGGAACUUGGCCAGGCUUGCGCUUGAAUGUUCCCUUGUUGUGAUGUGAAAGGUUUUGAGUGCUGGGCUGUUAGACUGCAAUGCUGUGCUGGGACUUUGUGUCCCGAACCGUGCCUCCCAUUGCUCUUUUGUCUCCUCACUGGGUAGCAUUUCCCCUGGUUUAUUUGGGACGGUGACAGGGCCAGGCACGGUAGUUUACAUGCUCAGCUGGCAUUGGGAAGGGAGAGGCCCCACGAUGAGGAUGGAAGGAAUAUUCCAAAAUAGUCAAAGAAUAGCUAGAAAAUAUUUCUUGAGUGUCAAGACACUCUGAUGAAGAGAAUCCUGGGAUGAGGAGGAUCUUUUCAGUUCAGAACUUACUCUGCACAAAAUUCACACCAAAAGCACUUGCAGUUUUUUGCAAAAUAAGUCCCCAACUGCAGCAUUUCCAGCACAGAAAAUAAUACUUCCUUGAAACAGUAUAGUCACGCAUCCUUGAAGAUGAUUAUUUUAUGCAGAGAAAGUGCUGUUUCUUGUGCAAAAAAAAGUGCCAAUUUUGCACAGAAUAAAUCCCAAACUCUGAAUAAUCUGUUUUGGAGGAUUUUUCUUGCAGCAGGAAGAAAAAGACCUGAAAUGGCUUGUCAUCCCCUCCAAGAACAAAAUAGGCAACUCCUACCCAAAGGCUUUUCUUCCUCCUCCUCAUGGAGGGUGGACUUCCCAGAGGAAAGCUAUCCGUUGGCAUAUUCCCUACAGGCAUUUUGGAGCGUGUGACGGUGUGACCCAUUUUGCCUCUUAAUAAGAGGUCGGGAAACGGGGACUAAGCAGUACAGUGGUCCCUCAAAAAGCUUCCUUGCACUUAUCUGAAGGCUCUUCUCCAUGAUUGCUAUGAAAAGGAGUGUUGUGCAGUAGGUUGAGAGGAUGGCUGAACCUUGGGGGAUUCAGGGAAUGGUAGUCCGACAGCUCUGGAGGAAAGCUGGCUGUGGGCAAGAAACCUGGAGCAGAUGGGCCUGAUGCUUUCAAGCAUUUGCCUGGGUUGUUUCUUCACCGGGUUUGGUAAACUGGUGUUCAUGUUAGGUGUGUCCCUUGCCUGACGAGUGCCGAAAAGGGCUCUUUUGUCUGCGAAAUUAGUGGUUGUGGCUGUAGGGUUUCCCAUAGACAUCUAUGGUACCACGGGGCUCUCUGAAGGGAAUGCCAUAUGGGGCAGCCGCAGCCGUCCAGCAGUGUUGAAUUUUGCCGGUGUUUCCCCUGGCUGCAUCUACACUGCAGAAACAAUCUAGUUUGGCACCAUUUUGACUGCCAGGGCUCAGCGCUAUGGAAUUCUGGGAGUGGUUGUUCACUACACACUACUCCCAGAAUUCUAUAGCAUUGAGCCAUGGUGGUCAGCAACAGUCAUCCAGAGGGUGUUUUCUUCAUCUUCACCCGGAUUGUAGAAUGACCUGCCAGAGGCUAUUUGACAGCUGAAUACGCUGCAUAGGUUAAAUGUCUGUAGUGCAGCCGCUCACUCACAAACCGCAAGGUUGCGAGUUCAAUUCCAGCCAGGGGAUCUAGGUCAACUCAGCCUUGCAUCCUUCCGAAGUCACUAAAAUUAGUCCCCAUCUUGUUGGGGGCAGUUGGCUUAAACACAUUGUAAACCGUUUAGGGAGUGCUUAAGUGCACCAGUAAGUGGUAUAGAAAUGUACUUGCUAUUGCUGAAGACCAGUCUCUCUUACUGAGCCACAGCAGGUAAAGUGGUAUCAAACCAGAUUAUUCCUGCAGUGCGGACACAGCCCCCGUUAGCCCAGUGCCAAUGGUGGUCUUGUUUUAGCAGUGGGGUUGGGAGGGAGGGAGGUUUUCUUUUGGGGGGCACGGAUGCAUGGGAGGCAGGCGAGGCGGGCGGGUGAGGGGAGCUGCCCAGGCGGGAGCCGAGGGCCCUGGUGGCGGCGCCAUCGUUCAGCAGGGCUGGUCCUUCCCACAUUUGCUUCUGCCUUUGUGACCUCCUUCUCCCGCCCUUUGACUUGUAAUAGUUUGACUGUCUCCGUUAGCAGCGUUUCCGGAUUUGAUGUUGUGAUUCUUCUUACCUGUUGUAAAGGGUUCAAAUAAAGCUUCUAGAUGUUCAACCUUG